GCUCCCCAAAUACACCUUGGCGGCGCCGGGGAGCGGCAGCGGCGCCUGCCCAGAGCCCCUCGGCGGGGCUGCGGCCGCGGGCACCCCGCGCCAUGGGGAAGAAAAUUUUUCCUGUGGUGAUUUAUAGCUACCAAUAACCUUCCACAGCGGUUGCCUUAUCAACUUAUUAUUCUGGCAUCUUCUGCUCUUGUUAGUAAACAUAGAGCUAAGUACUCCUAAUCUCAAGAGAGAGGCUUCAUACAGUAUGUUCUGUACAAAACUGAAAGACUUGAAGAUCACAGGAGAAUGUCCUUUCUCCUUACUGACUCAAGGUCACAUAACUGAGGAACAUGACAAGGACUGCACAGAAAACAGCUCUAGAGCAGCUUUGCCCAUCUGCAAAGAAGUCCAUGAAAAAGAGGGUCAAGGAAACCUUCCACAAAGGAAAACGAGCAGAAGUAGAGUGUACCUGCACACACUAACUGAAAGCAUCUGCAAACUAAUCUUUCCUGAGUUUGAAAGGCUAAAUCUUGCACUGCAGAGAACACUUGCAAAACACAGAAUAAAAGAAACCAGAAAAACUGGUGAUAGAGAAGAUUUUGAAAAAAUAAUCAGUGAUCAUGCUAAUGCAGCAGGUGUUCCCGUGGAGUCUCUACGGGAAUCUCUUGGUGAAGAGCUAUUCAAAAUAUGCUAUGAAGAGGAUGAACACAUAUUAGGGGUUAUUGGAGGCACCCUUAAGGACUUCUUGAAUAGUUUCACUACUCUGCUGAAGCAGAGUAGCCACAGCCAAGAAGCAGGAAAAAAGGACAGACUUGAAGAUGCCUCCAUAUUAUGCCUGGAGAAAGAUCAGGACUUCUUAAAUGUUUAUUAUUUCUUUCCUAAGAAAAUCACAAGUCUUAUUCUACCUGGUAUCAUUAAAGCAGCAGCUCAUAUUUUGUAUGAAACUGAGGUGGAAGUGAUGCUCAUGCCUCCUUGUUUCCAUAAUGACUGCACUGAGUUUGCUAAUCAGCCUUAUUUGCUGUAUUCUAUACAAGUCAAAAGUGCAAAACCUUCCUUAUCUCCAUGUAAACCACAGUCUUCACUUGUGAUUCCUGCCUCUGUGUUCUGUAAGACUUUCCCAUUUCAUUUUAUGUUUGACAAGGAUAUGUCAGUUCUUCAAAUUGGAAAUGGGAUAAGAAGACUUUUGACCAGGAGAGAAUUUCAAGCUAAGCCAAAUUUUGAAGAGUAUUUUGAAAUUCUUACCCCCAAAGUAAGCUGCACUUUUAGUGCAAUAAUGACCAUGCUAAAUAUGCAGUUCACUGUACGAGUUAGAAGAUGGGAUAAUACUGACAUGAAACCAUCCAUGGUAAUGGAUCUUAAAGGCCAAAUGAUUUAUAUUUUUGAAUCCAGUGCCAUUCUAUUCUUGGGAUCUCCCUGUGUGGACCGACUAGAAGAUUUUACAGGACGUGGAUUGUACCUCUCUGAUAUUCCCAUUCACAAUGCUUUAAGAGAUGUUGUUCUGAUAGGAGAGCAGGCCAGAGCUCAGGAUGGACUGAAGAAGAGGUUAGGAAAGCUAAAAGCAACCCUUGAGCAGGCCCAUCAAGCACUUGAAGAGGAGAAGAAGAAGACUGUAGAUCUUCUGUUUUCAAUUUUUCCUGGAGAGGUUGCUCAGCAGCUGUGGCAGGGACAAGUUGUACAAGCCAAGAAAUUUAAUAAUGUCACAAUGCUUUUUUCUGACAUUGUUGGAUUCACUGCCAUCUGUUCCCAGUGCUCACCUAUGCAGGUUAUCACCAUGCUUAAUGAGCUUUAUACUCGCUUUGAUUACCAAUGUGGAGAGCUAGAUGUCUACAAGGUUGAAACUAUUGGAGAUGCCUACUGUGUUGCUGGAGGCUUGCACAAAGAAAGUGAAACACAUGCUGUUCAAAUAGCACUGAUGGCCCUGAAGAUGAUGGAACUGUCAGAUGAGGUGGUGUCUCCUCAUGGAGAGCCUAUCAAGAUGCGUAUUGGCCUUCAUUCUGGAUCCGUCUUUGCUGGAGUUGUUGGGGUUAAAAUGCCUCGUUACUGCCUUUUUGGAAAUAAUGUGACCCUUGCCAAUAAGUUUGAGUCUUGCAGUAUACCUAGAAAAAUAAAUGUCAGCCCAACAACUUACAGGUUGUUAAAGGAAUACCCAGGUUUUGUGUUCACACCGCGCUCAAGAGAGGAGCUUCCACCAAAUUUUCCAAGUGAUAUCCCUGGAAUUUGCUAUUUUCUGGAUGCUUAUAUUCAAGGAACAAACUCGCAGACUUGGUUUCAAAAGAGAGACUUGGGAGAUGGCAAUGCCAAUUUUUUUGGUGAGGAAACAGGAAUAGACUAAAUUGUACAUUCACAAAUGUAUAGAAUAAAUUUAUAAAUAUUUGGAUUUUUUUUUGGUACAAAUUGAAAAUUUUUAAAACUGUAUGAAACAUGAAAGCACUUUAGAUUGUUAACACCUGAAAGCCAGUAUUAAAAUUUCAGGAAGUAUGUCACUGACUACUUUUUAUUUCUCCUUUGCAUAAGGAACAUAAUCGCUAAAGUAAUGUUGCAAUGUCACUGUUGGAAAUGCUACUAUAAACUGUAUUUUCCCUGUGGUAAUUUGUAAGUGCUAUAGUUCUCUCUAUACUGAGAAUUCUAGAUGUAUUGUACAUGCAGUUUGUCAGGAAAUGUAAUGUGCAAGUGAUGCAGCCACAUGCAGUGUUGUGAGCUGGUGCUUAUCAAUGACUAUGAAAAUGUAUUUUCUUAGAGAUUCCAUAAGAAAAUGUCCAUUAAAAUAUUGUCACUGCCAUCACAUACUCCUUCCAGAGCAUCAUUUGGGCCCCAUCCUAGAAGGCUGCUGACCAUCGUCUCACACUGGCUGGUCAAAGUAUAAGGGUGCUCAGCAUUUUCUGGAUCAGGCUGAUAAUUGUAGCUAAUACACAUAGCAUAGCAGAGUUGCUGCUUACUGUUUCAUGAACUUUAUUUUGUGUAUAAAAUGAAUAUAGAUUACAAUACUGUAUAAUCACAUACUAACAUCUCUGUAAUCAUCAAACUAUUUUAGUUCUUAGAGUUUUUGAAGUACUUAAAAAUAAUAAUAUCCACUUGUUAUUAUGUAUUACAGCAAUAAAUGUUUUCUUUUUGUUGUCAAUUAUAUUUGAAAUGUUUUAACAGAAGUGUAAUAAAAUAUGCUUUGGAAUGUUUGCUUAGAAA